CCGGGAAUAGCUUAGCUUUGUGGCUUGACAAGGUAGAUCCAGCUAGAUCUUGUGUCAUCUCGAUUGAGUGUACAGUUCACUGUAUCAGAAGAUGUCCUGCAGCUGGCUCGUAUACAAUAGGAUUAUCUGUUGGCUUGAACUGUGAAUUACUGUCUUGGGCUGUAAUUGACUUUGUGUUGUCUCUUCAAAUCUUGAACACAUUUUCAACAUCAUGUUUCUGAUAGUAGUUGUAAUUUUAAGAAUGUUGGCUUUUAUGUCUAGCUAACUCGUAAUUGACUGUCGCAAAUUGUUUACAAUUGUGUAUGUUUCUCCUUAAAGGAUAAUCCAGACUCACUCAACUUCAUGACAAUGCUAAAUGUGCUGGGUGAUGUUGCAAAUGGUGUGAACUACCUGCACACUGGUCAGACUCCUAGUCUUAUUCACUGUGACAUCAAAAGUGCUAAUAUCUUGUUGACAAACAAUCUUCAAGGUAAACUGACAGGGUUUGGAAUGUCCACCCGAACUGAAGAUGAGGACAAUCCAGCUGCACCAAUUGUUGUGACGACUGUAGUUGGAACAAGAGGAUAUAGAGCACCAGAAGUUUAUAAGAAAACUCUUUCUCUAUCAGUGGAUGUGUAUGCAUUAGGGGUGGUAAUUUACGAAAAUCUGACUGGCUUACCUUCCUACUCAGUAACCACAAAUCAAUGUUUGGUGGACUUUAUGAGUAAUGUGACAGUUAUGGUGGAUGGUCAUGCCAAAUGGCUGCACAAUACAGCAAGGAUAUGGUCGAGUUGGCUAGAGAUUGUACCAACUUGGACAGUCAGAAGCGGCCUUCCAUCACUAAGGUUGUUUCCAUGAUGGAGAUGUUGAAGGAUCAAGCAGUUGCUUCUACCAGAAUGCAUCCAAUAGAUGUUUUGGAGACAGAAACAGACUCCGUUGUUGAUCACAAAAUUUUCUCUGAAUGUUGCAGCAGUUAUAUUGAUGAAGAAGAGAAUGCGUGUGACACUGUGUUGGCAGGUCAUCAAAAUUACAGCUUAUUGAUCUUGCCUGAGAGUUUCUUUCUUUCUCAGUGCUUGUUGCGUUGGCCUGUGGCUAUUGCUGAUUCGAAUAACAGUCACCAAGUUUCAAAUUUGAGCAAAUGUACGAAGAAGAUUGACAAAAAAGUGGACAAGAAUGACUCUGAUAUUCCUGACUAUUUUGUCAGCUCUAUUAGGUAUGACAAUAUCUUUGAGGAAACUUCAGGAAUGACAUAUUCAGUUGGGAACACAACUAAACAGGUUGUGAGAGAGUCAAAACUUUCCGUAUCUGUAAGGUGGACCUUGAGAGCUUAUUUUCAAAGCCAAGAAACGCGACAAACUUUAAUGUCUACAAAUAAGUUGUAUUUGCAACACUUUCUUGGACUUUCGCAAACUUUAACAGCAACUGUAAACGACAAUGUUGUUUUGACAGGAAUUGCUGGAAACAACAAUACUGAUCGAGUUGUCAAUCGUAACAAAACUGUUGAUGAUAAAGAAGUGAAGGGCUUGCUGACACAGUUGGAUUUGUCACAACUUUACAGGCUGUACUCUUUCCAUACUCGAACAAGAGCUUAAACGACAUUGUUGUUUCAACAGAAAGUACUCGAAAUGACAGUACUUGUCAAGUUGUCAAGAGCUUGCCGACAGAGUUGACAGUGGAGCACAUGCCAUCAUCUACUAUUCAAGAUUUUUGUAUUUCUACUUCAUCCGUCAUUUCUUCAUCGUUACUGCCUUUUGGCAUUAAUGUUGACAGCUUGACUGAAGAAGAGUCGGCAUCAUUAGUGUCAAGCAAGCAGUUGCCAUGUCAACAUGAUGAGUGUUUGUUAUCAGAAUCUUUAGCAAUUGCUACUGACCAAGUACCUUUGUUGUGGGAGUCGUCAUUAAAUGUUGCUAGACUGACUGAAAAAGAGUCUGCACCAUCAGUAUCAAACAACAAGUUGUCAUGUGAAAAUGAUAAACCUUUGUCAGAACCUUCCUUAGCUACUACUGAUCAAGCUUAGUUAUUGGAUCAAGCAUCACUGGAUAGAUCACAUGAUGAAGUGCAAGUGUCAGACUAUAGUUAUCAGGACUUGAAGACAACAACUAGAAAUUUUAACAAGAGAUUUUCAGAUGGAGGUUGCUUAUUGGGAUCAGGUGGCUUUGCAGAUGUCUUUCAUGGUCAUGUUAAUAACUCUCAAGGUCAAAUGAUAGAUGUGGCAAUUAAGAAGUUUAGAUCGACAGCUAAGAAGAGUGAAUCGUCUAAUACUGCAAGGGACAUGUCAGCUAGACAUUUUGAAACUGAGCGUGUUGCACUGGCAAGAUUUCAUCACCCUAACGUUGUGAAACUUCUUGGUCAAUCAUGUGAUGGUCCAGAAUUGUGUCUUGUAGUGAAUACGUUUGUAAUGGUUCUCUGGCUGACGCACUUUUUCACAAAACAAUCCAAAUCCUAUGCAUGCAGGAGUUCGCAUUUCCAUUCUUCGGGACACAGCAAGAUCUUGAGAUGAUCUUCACAGCAGCUCUCCAAUACGUAUUCAUCGAGACGUAAAAUGGUGUUGUAUAGAGUCAAAUUGUCUCUUUACUUGUGCUAGCUUAUAAUAAGU